AUGCCCGAUACUCUUGCCCGGGGUGACACUCCGAGCCCUGUUAGGGAUAUUACAAGGCGUGUUCAACAAAUGAGUGGCCCAUCAGGAAGCUUAGGGGUCACAACACCACGUUCUCUUGCUACUGGGGAUGGUUUGAGGGCAAUAGAGUCACCGCCACCGAAAACUGACUCCAGAACCGAGGAGCGUGUCAGCCAUCCGAGCCCUCAAGUGAUAGCACUGGGGGAGUUAGAGUUUGAUCAGAUUUUCCUCAUUCAUGUGUACCUUGCAGGCAAGAAGUUAGAGGAAGUAAUAGAGGAUGUAAACUACAUAAGGUAUUUGAAGUCUCUGCCCAUGGAUUGCUUCGAGCCAGAAAUCUGGAGCAGAUUUGGACACGAGUCUCUACCAGCAUCAGAUAGAAGAAAGAACCUUGAUCGGGACCCAAGCAAGACAAGACUGUACCACUGCAUUGUUGAGAAAAGACAUGAUUCCACAGUAACAAUUUUUAAGGGACCAUAUGUUGACAAUACAAGAACUUAUCUGCAAAAGAUUGUUAGUGACGACAAUGUUCUUAUCGUGAACUUUGCUGAUAUACCUGGGCUUACGAAUAGUGAUGACAACUUUGGUAUCUACUGCACUUAUUACCAUCAGGUUGUUGAAGAUGGUAUCCUUUUGGGUCUGCGUCGGUACCGCUUUUUGAUCUGCAAAGAUGGAGGGAAGGAGGACAAACAAAAAGAGGAAAAAAAGAAAGCAAAAAACAAGAAAUGCAGUCCUUCUGUUAGGUGCUUUUUUGUUCACACCGAGUCUGGAUGGGACAGGGAUUAUCCCUAUAUCCUCUCUGGUUGCACAAUUGAUCAAGCUCGUAGGCGCUUUAUGCACAUACACACUGCUCCCACUGUGUCGAAAUAUCUGACCAGGUUUUCUUUGAUAUUAUCCAAAACUAUCACCUUAGAUGUUAACUUCUCGGAGGUUAAUGUUAUAAUAAUUGAAGAUGAACCUUGUAAGGAUGAACAUGGUAACAUUGUUACUAAUGAUGAUGGGGAGCCCUUAAUACACACUGACGGGACCGGCCUAAUCAUUUGAUUUAGCUAUGAAAUGCCUGGCCAGUGUCUUCAAGGGAAACUUUUUGAAGGGACAGGAGCUGCAGGAUACAGUGGAUCCAGAGAAGCAUCGAUAUCUCAUCUCAUAUCCUCUUCUAAUACAGUUCCGUAUGUUCUAUAAUGGAAAUGCAGUAAAGGGAACCGUUCUAGCUGAUAAAAGGAUGCUGUACAAGGCCGAGGAGUUUGAGUACAGCCAGAGGGAGCGCAUUGAUCUCUUCAACGAGGCCUGUGCUGUGUACCAGGUGGUGUACCAGCACGCGACAUCCUGCAACGAGGUCAGCAAGUGCGGCUUCGUUUGGAAGGUGGCCGGCCGCGCGCUGUGCCAGCUGUACACGCUGAAGCACAGCGGCGACACCGUGCUCUGCUCCUUCUCCAUUCUUGAGGGCGCUUUCAAGAACAACCACCGCCCAUAGCGCCUAGCGCUUUGCGUAGUGGGAAUGCCUUAUUUUGUGUGUCAAGCUGAUGGUGGGAGCAGCACUUUGUAGUGAUGCUAUUAGGCGAUGCACAGCAGACCUAUUGGCUACAAUUCACCUGCAUCUGUUGCAGAGGACUGUAUGUAUGGUAUGUAUCCCUCCUGGAAGAUCUUAAUGGUGUAUGUAUAUACUAGUCUGAAUCUGAACUAGUCUGUAUGUAUGGUAUGUGUCGCUCCUGGAAGAUCUUGAUGGUGUAUGUAUAUACUAGUCUGAAUCU